UGUCGGGUUUCACUCACAGCUGACGGUACCCAUAAACUGCUUUUCAAUGGCUGGUCCUGCUUCCUCAACAAUCGAACAGCAGCUCACUUGCUCUAUCUGCUUGGAUUUGUUCAGAUCUCCGGUGACUACAUCUUGUGGACAUAACUUUUGUAAAGACUGUCUUGAGCAUUUCUGGGAAAUGAUCCAUAUUCACAGCUGCCCGCAAUGUAGAGAAACCUUCGACCCGGAUCUACCUCUACAGAAGAACGCGACUUUAAAUGGCCUGGUGGAAAAAUGGAAAAAGGACAUCGCAGAGUCACAGGAGCCUGAGUGCAAAGCUGGACAAGGAACUGAGGAGAAACAAAAAUGUCAGUCAGGGUGCGAGGAGAAGCAGGCCGAGCUACGACGAGGUGAGGAUUGUCAACAAGAGUUAGCUUGUAAACCGCAGGAGGAAGCUGAGGUGAAAACGAACGCUGAGUUGGAAAGUGAGAACGCAAUCAAAGACGAGCAAGGAGACAAUCCUCUCACUGAUCCUGAUGAAGUUCUCUGUGAUUCCUGCAUUGACAAGAAAUUAAAAGCUGCAAAGUCUUGUCUGACCUGCAUGGUUUCAUACUGCGAAGCUCAUCUGAGACCUCACCUUGAAAACACUGCCUUCAAGAAUCACAAGCUGAUCAACCCCAUGAAAGACAUCGAACAGGGAAAAUGCUGUCUGCAUGACCAGUAUUUGGAGUUCUUCUGUAAAAAUGAUCAGAGCUGCGUCUGUAAGGAAUGCACACUGGACAAACAUGUAAAUCAUGAAAUAAUUCCUGUUGCAAGGGCAAAGACGGAAAAAGAGAAUGAACUCCGGGAAACGAAACUUAAAAUUGACAAGAAAAUUAAUGUUGCAAAGAAUGCAAUUGAGAAACUCCAGAAUAAUUCCACCUCCAUUGUAAAUUCAGUGUCAGAGGUGAAACCCAACAUUGAAAGACAGUUCAGUGACCUCAUGGAAGCUGUUCAAAAUGCACGGAAAGAGGUGCUCAAAUUUUUGGAGAACGAGCAGUGUGCUUCACUGAAGCAGGCAGAUGGAAUUCGCAUUCACUUGGAACAGAAGUGUGCUGAGCUGCAAAGGACAAAGGAUCAGGUUGAAGCACUGAUGAAGCAGAGGAACACAGUGCAGUUUUUACAGGAAUUUUGUGAAUGGAAGAAAAAUAUGCCAGAUGAUAAGCUGCCCAGUGUAUACAUUGGGCUGAUAGACAAACUUGCUGGAAUUAGUGCGGCUGUUUCGGAAUCAACAGAGACUAUCUUGGAGUUGCUACAGACUUCCUACAAAGAGAAACUAAAGGAAUUUGCAAGAGAAGAUAAACUGGGAUUCAAAACAACAGUUGCUGUGAUUCGUGGUUCAAAGCGCUGCCUUAUGAAAAAACAACCAAAAACAAGAAAUGAAUUUCUGAAAUACGCUGCAACGCUAGUGUUUGACCCAAAUACAGCUCACAGGUAUCUUCGCUUGGUAAACAAGAACCGCAAAGUUUCCAACACUUGCCCGUGGCUUCACCCCUACCCCGAUCACCCAGAGAGGUUUGAACACUGGCGGCAGGUGUUGUGCACAGAGAGUUUUUACAUGGUCCGAUGCUACUGGGAAGUGGAGAUCCAUGCAGAAGGGACUUAUGUUGGCAUGACUUACAAAAGCAUUGACAGAAAAGGAGCUGAGAGCAAUGGCUGUAUCACAGGGAAUGAUUUUUCCUGGUGCAUACAGUGGACGGGCAAGGAAUUCUUGGUUUGGCAUGGCGAUGUGGAAGUGCCAGGGAAGGUUGAGAAGUUUAGCCGGAUCGGAGUAUACCUGGACUAUCAAAACAGGAUUCUGUCUUUUUAUGGAGUGGCAGACACCAUGAUCUUGAUACAUCAAUUUGAAUCUUCAUUCACAGAACCACUAUAUCCUGCAUUUUAUCUUCCCAAGAAAGAAGCAUCAGUUUCUCUGCAUGUACUUGAAGAAGAUGCAUUGAAAAUUGAAACUGAAUAAAAUCAUC